AUGAGAACCGGUUCUCUAGCGGUCGCGUCCCUUGGCGCGUCUCUGGUCGCUGCAGGCGUUGCCGCCAUCACCUCACCCUCCCCCGGCGAGCUCGGGCUCCUCCACAACCAGCUUGUUCGACGAGACGGGGACCAUGGUCACCAUAACCCACAUGCGCAGCCCAUCCUCGAGCUCAACGAAACCGAGAUCCUUCUUCACCACUCCCCGACCCCGCCGUCGUACUACACCAUUGACUGGGAGGGAGAGGGCGAUCCUAACGAGACGAGACACCCUGGGCUCAUGAUGGGACAUAUCCUCUUCAUGUCUCUCGCCUUCUUCGGGGCACUUCCAGCAGGGAUUGUGCUUCGUUCUCUAAGACACCCUGCCCAUGGGGCAGCCAUGAUUUCGUUCUACGUUCUAUCUGCGCUUGGCAUAUCAUCCUCUGUCUUAUACUGCAAACUUACUCCGAACAUGUACGAAGGCUCUGUACACGGCAAACAGGGUUACUUUGUGAUGGUCCUCGCGAUCCUACUGUCUGGAGUCGACAUCGUCCAAGGGCUACAGCGCCUUCUUUCCUUUAUCCGCAGCGACAACAAGACUCUGAAAGGCUUCUGGCGUUUCGUUGUUCUCAACCAAAAGCAGGAGGCUAGACUUGACCCCGAGUAUGCCGGCCUCGUUGUCGAUGAUCCCGAGGAAUUGGAAUUCUCAAAGUUGACGCAUGAAGACUCCCCCGAUUCGCCAACCGAAGAUGGAACCGAGAGAUGGGCAAACGAAGUCCAGAGACAUAGACGAUUCUCAUCUACGCUAUCCGAGAGAACUGUUUUCAGUCCGCAUUCGGCAACACACUCUGAUGACACGCUGAACGAGGGUCGAAAAGGAAAGCCGACGAGGAGUGGUCGGUGGCUAUCAUGGAUUGGGCAGCGAUCAUUCAUUGUGGCCGAAAGGAGCUUGGUUGUGGCCGGAUUGGGACAAGUCAUCAGUGGCAUAGUGGUUUACACAGGCGGUUGCCGUGAAAAUUACAUCAACGGAUGCCUAGCACAUUUGAUCAAGGGUGCCAUCUUCUGGUGCUACGGUCUGCUCACUUUUGCCCGUUUCCUGGGCUCUUUCGCUGAACGUGGAUGGGCUUGGAACCAAGCCCCUACGAAACAAAGGUUUACAGCCGAAUUCACCGAGUCGUUUGUUAUCUUCCUGUAUGGAGUAACCAACACCUGGAUGGAACGAUUUGGGGCCAAACCUGGAGACCCAUAUACAACGAAGCAAAUCCAACACAUCAGCAUCGCGGUGAUGUUCUGGUUCGCAGGUCUCGUGGGGAUGGGCAUCGAAUCCCGAAGGGUUCGCCGAUGGCUUGCAUCUUCAACGUUUGCAUCGGUUUCUAAUCCCGCUGAAAUGCCUCAAGAUGCUGUGACCGAACCUCCUAGCUACCGGGGUAGCUUCAAUCCCUUCCCCGCCCUCGUCAUUGGUGUGACGGGAGCUGCAAUGGCUGCUCAUUUCCAGACCUAUGUUUUCCAAGUGCAGAUCCAUCAACUCUGGGGCAAUCUUCUCGUCGGAUUCUCGGUACUCCGGUGUCUGACCUAUUUCUUCCUCUGGCUUUCUCCACCUAAAUCUAUCUUGCCGUCAAGACCGCCAACGGAAGCUUUGGGCAGCUUCUUCCUCGCUUGUGGUGGAAUGGUGUUCAUGUUUUCGACUGAGGAGGUCACUAUCGCUGCAAUGCGCCGUGGCCGUGACGAUGUCAUGAUGUUCCUCAAUGUUGCUGUUGCACUGACUUGCCUCGCCUUUUGCUGGACGCUGUUCUUUGUGGGACUGAAAGGUUACUUGAAAUCUCGACUUCACCCAAAUGUCACGUACCGUAGUGCAAGCGCAUAA